UACAAGUACUUAGACACUUAACAAACUUUCUUUGCCUGCGCAGUUCUCCAAAUUCUUGUUCUUUCUUUUCCUUCACCUUUUAGAUUUUACCAUAUAUACCUUGCAAUAAUGGGAAUCCAAAGGAGGUUUUCAACAUCUGGAGGUGUUCCAAAAGGUCAUUGUGCAGUAUAUGUAGGAGAGAGUCAAAAGAAGAGAUUUAUCAUUCCAGUAUCAUAUUUGAACCGACCAUCAUUUCAAUACUUGUUAGCUCAAGCUGAAGAAGAGUUUGGCUUUGAUCAUCCAAUGGGUGGUCAUACAAUACAUUGCAAAGAGGAUAUGUUCGUUGAUUUUAUUUACCGCUUGAGGUGAUUAUAAGUAGGACUAGGGUGCAAAUUCUUCUGUCCAUGAAAUUUUGUAAAGCAAUAGGAUUAGAAACGAGAAAGAUGACAUAUAGUAGAGAGUGGCACUCGACAAAGAGAGAAAACAACUCCUUGUUUUUCUGACACCAUUUUGUAUGGUAGUUGUAAACAAGGAUUUUCUGCAUGUAAAGGAUAUAACAAAUCCAAGUAAUUUCUUUCAAGUCA